AUGAUUUAUCACGCUACUGCUACCGGUCCAGUUAAUAUUGCGACCCUUAAAUAUUGGGGAAAGAGAGACAAGGAUCUCAAUCUUCCAACCAACAACUCCAUUUCUGUCACCCUAGAUCAAGCAGACUUGAGGACGCUAACAACUGCCUCUUGUUCAUCCGACUUCAAAAAUGACCAAUUGUGGAUCAACAAUGUCACUUACUCGCUGGAUACACCGCGUUCUAAACAAGUUUUAGCUGAUUUACGUAGCCUAAGAAAAGAGUUAGAAGCUAACGAUGAUGCACUACCUAAAAUUGCCGAGUUCCCUUUGCACAUUGCUUCUGAAAACAACUUCCCUACUGCUGCAGGUCUUGCAUCAUCUGCUGCAGGUUUUGCUGCUAUGAUUUCAGCUAUUGCAUUGUUAUACAAAUUGCCUACCGAUCCAUCAGAAUUGAGUAAAAUCGCAAGAAAAGGGUCUGGCUCAGCAUGUCGGUCACUCUUCGGAGGAUAUGUCGCAUGGGAAAUGGGUAAGUUAGAUAAUGGUGAAGAUUCCAAGGCUGUCCAGAUUGCCGAGAAGAAGCAUUGGCCGGAUAUGAAAGCAGCAAUUUUAGUUGUUUCAGACAUGAAGAAGGAUGUUCCAAGCACAAGCGGUAUGCAAUUGACAGUCCAAACAUCAGAUCUAUUUCAGCAUAGGAUUGAAGAAGUUGUUCCUCAAAGAUAUGAGGAAAUGAGAAAUGCCAUUUUGAAUAAAGAUUUCCCAAAGUUUGCCGAGUUGACAAUGAAAGACUCAAAUUCGUUCCAUGCUGUAUGCUUGGAUUCUUAUCCUCCAAUCUUUUACUUGAAUGAUACUUCCAAGAAUAUUAUCAAGUUGAUUAACCUGUUGAACCAGUCUGCAGGGGAAACCAUUGCUGCAUAUACCUUUGAUGCUGGCCCAAAUGCAGUCAUUUAUUAUGAACAAAAGAAUGAGAAGUUUGUCUUGGGUAUGCUCCAUCAUUUUUUCAGUCAUCUAGAAGGUUGGGCAAAAUAUGAACCUCAAAAUGGUGUCAUUAACGAUUCCUUCCCAUUGUCAGCAUUAGAUAGAGAGGUUUAUUCAAGGGGCGUCUCAAGAAUUAUUUUGACCCAAGUAGGUGAGGGCCCAACUCAAACAAACGAUGUUUUAAUUGACUUAGAGAGCGGAUUGCCAAAGUCCAAUUAG